AGCCGAGCGCCACCGCGCCCCGCCGCGCCGCGUCUCCAUGGUGACGGCCGGGCCCGGGCCCCAUGGCCGCCAGCGGCGCCGACGCCAUCGCCUGGUACCAGAAGAAGAUCGGCGCCUACGACCAGCAGAUCUGGGAGAAGUCGGUGGAGCAGACCGAGAUCAAGGGCUUCGGCGCCAAGCCCAAGAGGAAGGGCCGCAUCCAGCCGGACCUCAUCGACGUGGACCUGGUCCGAGGCUCCACCUUCGCCAAAGCCAAGCCUGACAUCCCCUGGACCUCGCUGACGGGGAAGGGGAUCGUGCGCGUCGUCUUCUUCCCGCUCUUCAGCCGCUGGUGGGUGCGGGUCACGUCCCCGCGCAUCUUCACCUGGCUGCUGGGGCUGUACCUCCUGCAAGUGGUUGCAGUUGUGUUGUAUUUCCUGGUACCUGUUGUGAGUGCAAGUGAAAUCAUUGGACCAAUGUGCCUUAUGCUACUGAUGGGAACUGUUCACUGUCAGAUAGUGUCCACCCAGGUAAACAAGCCCUCAGGGAACAGCAGCAGCAGCAGGAGGAGGAGAAAAUUACGGAAAUCUGCCGGUGGGGAUGGGUGCAGAGACACUGGCAGUUUGUCUUCUUCUGAUAAAGCUAGUAAAGGAGAAGAGCAAUCAGAACUUCUGUCCCUCGUCAGCAGUUUGCUUGGCCUGGUCUUCCGAAGGAGAUUCAGGAGGGUGAAACUGGUAGCUGAAAAAGGGACUGAAACAGAAAACAGUGUGAGUUCUGUCAACAGUGGCAUUAAACACAGACAGUCCAGAUCCGAAUAUCGACUACUACACUUGAAAGAGAGAGAGAAACUUGCAGAUGGGGGAAAGAAUCAUCAGGAGGGCUCCAUGCACACAGGUGGCAUUUCUGAUGAUCUGUCAAGUGACGAGGAUGCUGAAGCUGUGGCACAGAGGAUUUUGUUACGCAGAAGCAUAGAAGGGGCCUCCAGUGACAAUAGCUAUGAGGACAAGAACAGGAAUCCUCUCAUUUCCCCAAACCAGCCUGUGUCCCAGGUUAAGCAAGCUGGUAAAGGUACCAGAGAUUCUGACAGCCUGGUAGAAUCCGAACUCGAAUCGACAGCCUUUAGUCAGGAAUCCAGGUCUUGUUUUAGUGCUGGGUCCCGGAGCUGCAGCAUCUCCCGGAGGGACUCGGAGAGCACCCGCCACGAUUCAGAGACGGAGGACAUGCUUUGGGAUGACCUGCUCCAUGGGCCAGAGUGCCGCUCCUCCUAUACUAGUGACAGCGAAGAAGCUAACGUGAGAGGAAGUAAACGGGAUCUGAAAGAGGAUGUUUUCCAGCAGAACCAUUUGUUCUGGCUACAGAAUACCAGCCCUGCAUCUGCAAGAGUGAGUGCCCUCAUCUGGGAAGGGAACGAGUGCAAGAAGCUGGACAUGUCUGUACUGGAGAUCAGUGGCGUUAUCAUGAGCAGGGUCAAAGCCUAUCAGCAGGGAGUGGGCUACCAGAUGCUGGGCAACACCAUCACCAUCGGGCUGGCGUUUCUUCCCUUCCUCUACCGGCUCUUCCAUACCAAGAACCUGGAGCAGCUGUGCUCCAUUUCUGUGAAGGACCUGCUGCAUGUCUUCUGUGGGGCGCCUACCAUUACCCCUGUCAUCAUCCUGGCUGUGAUUAACUUCCUUGAGCGGCUGUGCCUAACCUGGAUGUUCUUCUUCAUGAUGUGCGUUGCUGAGAGAACCUACAAACAGCGCCUUUUGUUUGCCAAGCUUUUUAGCCACAUCACAUCUGCUCGGAAAGCCAGGAAGUAUGAAAUCCCUCACUUCAGACUCAAGAAAGUGGAAAAUAUUAAAAUAUGGUUAUCCCUUCGCUCCUAUCUGAAGAGGCGAGGGCCCCAGCGAUCUGUGGACGUAGUUGUAUCUUCCAUCUUUUUACUGGCUCUGUCAAUUGCUUUUAUAUGCUGUGCACAGGUGCUAAAAGGUCACAAAACAUUCCUGAACGCUGCUUACAAUUGGGAAUUUCUGAUCUGGGAAGCAGCCCUCCUCCUCUUUUUACUGCGCCUGGCAUCCCUGGGCUCUGAGACCAACAAGAAGUACAGCAAUAUCUCAAUCCUGCUCACUGAGCAGAUAAACCUGUAUUUGAAGAUGGAGAAGAAGCCAAACAAGAAAGAGCAGCUCUCACUGGUGAACAAUGUGCUAAAGCUGUCUACAAAACUCCUGAAGGAGCUAGACACGCCCUUUAGACUCUACGGUCUGACCAUGAACCCUUUAAUCUACAACAUCACGCGUGUUGUGAUCCUGUCGGCUGUUUCAGGUGUUAUAAGUGAUCUUCUGGGAUUCAACAUCAGAUUAUGGAAGAUUAAACCGUGAACUGACCACACGCUGCGACUCAGCACUUGCCUUCCAGGCAGAGGGGCAGAGCAGAGAGAAGAGGGACGGUGGCUGGCUGCAGAGUGCUCGCAACCUCUGGCAGAUCUGUCACCAGUAUUUCUUACCUGGAGGGUCACCCACAGCUUAUUUCAUCACCUGCAGAAUAAACUGGUGAAGCCAACCCACAACCCACUUCUGAGUGAGGCAGUGAAAUUCAGGGCUGCAAGAUGAACACACUCGAGCCAUCAGUUGCAUAGCAGAGUCAUGCUGCUUACACGAGGAGGGCUGUUUCCCACCAGGAGAGAGGAUAGUUUCGAGAACACUAACGCACGACACUAACCCACAGGCCUUAGCAGAACGAGCGAACAGGACUGCAUCCGGGUGUGAGACGCCUUAAAGCGCUCCGGGGGCAGUUCAGCAGCUACCUACCGUCAGUGGGGUGGGUACACGUAUCCACCUUCGUGGCAGUAGGUUGGAGGAGGUGGGUCAAGGCCAUCUGGUAAGUCUUAAAGCUUUCCACUUCACUGUGCCUUAACUCUAUAGACACACCUGCCUCAGAAGGGUAAGGCCCAAAUCCUCAGUGACAAAACCGAAGAGCAGGCCGAUGGGCGCUGCGGUUGCUCAUUUGUUUCUCUUCACGUGUUACUUGUGAAGAAGCUUCCCCCAGAGGCACAGCUCCACUGCGAGGUGCAGCUCACAUUCUCCCUUCCUUGUGGUACACUGGCUAGUUUCUAAUAUAUUACGGUUGAAGUCGGUCACGGAGCUCAUGUUCUGCCGGAACAAAGGGAUCCCUUUUCGUAACGGCCUUCCUCCCGCUCACAUCGUAAGGGGCAGGCUGGCAAAGGUCCCUUUUUGUAAUAAAUCAUUUCUGCAAAACUCUUUGCUGUACCACGAGAGGCUGCGAGACGGAAAAGCAAGUGACAAUAGUUAACAAAAUGUCUGUGUUUAGGUACAAAUAAAACUACAGAAGCAAACGAUCAUUA